AUGUAUUCAAAACUUUACGAUUUUACAAGUUCUUAUUAUGAAAUAUGGGCACUUAUUGCCACGCAUAGUGAAAAACUCGAGUUAUCUGGACAAAUAUCAUCAAUUGGUAGAAAUGCAUUUAAAGAUUUAGAUGUUCGAACAUUUUUGAAAACGUUAAUUUUUCAUAAAACAGACGGUGUAUUCAUGAUCUACCCAGAAUCAUUCGUAGGCUUGACAGAAUUAGAGAAUUUGGAAUUAGAUGUUGGACCAAUUUUACUUCAAGCUCAUUUACUUAAUGGUUUAUCAUCUCUUAAAUUUCUGAAAAUUGAAGUAAUCGAAACUUUCCAAUACUUGAGUCAAGUAUUGGCACCUCUUUCAAAUUUGAAAACUAUUGACAUUGUAGGAAAUCGUUCUGUGGGCAUUUGUCAAAAUGUAUUUUCAUCUAAAAUACCACAUUCGUUGACUGACAUUCGCUAUAUAAACGGUCCACUUAAAGAGCUACAAGCAAAUUCAAUGACUUGCAUUCCGCAACUUGAAAAAUUCACGAUAACACAUACACAGUUAAGUACCAUUCAAGCUGGUGCAUUUAUAUCAAUGAAUAAUCUUAAAUACGUAAACUUGGCAUACAAUCACAUAAAAAUGAUUCCAAGAGCUCCUUUUAAAGGUCUUAGAUGUAAUUUUCUUCAUUUGUCACACAACAAAAUUGAUAGAAUAGAAUAUGAAGCACUCAAACAUACCGACAUAAAAAAUAUGUACGUAUUUAAUAUUACUUCUAAUGUCAAAGUCAAUAUGAAAUUCUGGGGCUUACCAAAAUCAACUCAUGUUUAUUACGAGGCUGAUGAAGAUGAACAUUAUAGAGUUCAUUUCAAACACCCCAAGUCACAAUGGUCAUGA